AUGACCAAACCGGGUGAGAUUGAUGAGAGUUUGUACUCUCGUCAGCUUUACGUGCUUGGCAAAGAAGCCAUGCUUAAAAUGCAGCACUCCACAGUUUUAAUUAUUGGAUUGAAAGGAUUGGGUGUGGAAAUCGCCAAAAACAUUGCACUUGCUGGUGUUAAAUCGCUGACGUUACAUGACCCUGAGCCAGUGGAGUUACAGGACCUAUCCAGCCAAUUCUUUCUAUCGGAAAAGGAUUUAGGGAAACCAAGAGAUGUUGUUUCUCGCGCAAAACUGGCGGAAUUAAACUCGUAUGUGCCAAUAGAUGUCUUGGGCUCACUUCAAGAUCAAGAGCAACUUUCCAACUUUCAAGUCGUGGUUGCGACCGACACAUUGCCAUUGGAACGUAAAAUCGAGCUUAACGACUUGUGCCAUGCUAAGGGUAUCAUGUUCAUAGCCACAGAAACUAGAGGUCUUUUCGGCAGUGUCUUCAAUGAUUUUGGCGAAGAAUUCACUGUGAUUGACCCCACCGGUGAAGAAGCGGUUUCUGGAAUUGUUUCGGAUAUUGAACCGGAUGGAACUGUUACGAUGCUUGAUGACAACAGACACAAUCUGGAAGACGGAAAUUACGUUAGGUUUUCUGAAAUUGAGGGUCUGGAAAAGCUGAAUAAUGGAGAACCAUACAAAGUCGAGGUUCUUGGUCCUUUUGCCUUUAGAAUCGGCUCCGUGAAAGAGCUUGGUAAUUACAAAAAGGGCGGUGUAUUCACACAGGUGAAGAUGCCCUUGAAAUUAUCUUUCAAGACCCUUCGGGAUUCUCUGCACGAUCCAGAACACUUAUUCUGCGACUAUGCCAAGUUUGACAGGGCUUCUCAACUUCACUUAGGUUUCCAAGCUCUACAGAAAUUUCAGCUUGAUCAUCAAUGUCAGCUGCCUCGCAGCGUCAACAAAGCGGACGCCGCUGAGUUGGUCAAAAUUGUGAAAGAUUUGGCUAAAGAGCAGCCUUUAGUUCUUGGCGAAGAAGUUGAGGUCAACGAGGAGCUUAUCAAAGAGCUUUCAUUCCAAGCUAAAGGUGACAUACCGGCUGUAGUUGCCUUUUUUGGAGGUCUCGUUGCACAGGAGGCCUUGAAAGCUUGCUCCGGCAAAUUCACUCCUUUAAAGCAGUACAUGUAUUUUGAUUCUCUUGAAUCUUUGCCAGAUCCGGAGAAAUUUCCUAGAACAGAAGAAACGACGCAGUCUAUCAAUUCUAGGUAUGAUGCUCAAAUCGCGGUAUUUGGGCUUGAUUUUCAAAGACUUCUUGCCAACUCUAAGGUCUUCUUGGUGGGCUCUGGCGCCAUCGGUUGUGAAAUGCUGAAGAACUGGGCAUUGUUAGGUUUGGGGUCCGGUCCAGAAGGAAAAAUCAUCAUAACCGAUAACGAUACGAUUGAGAAGUCUAACUUGAAUCGUCAGUUUUUGUUCCGUCCUAAGGAUGUGGGCAGAUGCAAAUCAGAAGUCGCAUCAGAAGCGGUGUCUAUAAUGAAUCCUGAUCUAGCUGGUAAAAUUACGUGGCUAACGGAUAAGGUGGGGCCGGAGUCUGAAGACCUGUUUGACGACAAAUUCUGGAACAGUUUGGACUUCGUCACGAACGCGUUGGAUAAUGUUGACGCUCGUACUUAUGUGGACCGGCGAUGCGUGUUUUUCAAGAAAUCGUUAUUGGAGUCUGGAACUUUGGGUACGAAAGGUAAUACCCAAGUUGUAAUUCCAAACGUGACCGAAUCAUAUUCCUCCUCCAGGGACCCACCAGAGAAGUCCAUCCCGCUUUGUACCUUGCGCUCAUUUCCUAAUAAGAUCGACCACACUAUUGCGUGGGCGAAAUCAUUAUUUCAAGGUUAUUUUACUGAAGGUCCUGAAAAUGUUAACCUGUACUUGACUCAACCUAAUUUUGUAGAGCAAACUUUGAAGCAAGCAGGUGAUGUCAAAGGUAUUCUAGAAUCCAUUUCUGAUUCGCUCACAAACAGGCCUUAUACAUUUGAAGACUGCAUAAAAUGGUCUCGGUUGGAGUUUGAGAAAAAGUUCAAUCAUGAAAUUCAACAGCUUCUAUACAAUUUCCCAAAAGAUGCCAAAACAUCAAACGGUGCUCCGUUCUGGUCUGGGCCAAAGCGCGCGCCAGAACCGUUGAAAUUCAGUCCAGAGAAUCCAGAUCACUUGCACUUUGUGGUUGCAGGUGCUAACUUAAGAGCGUUCAACUAUGGUUUGACAGGUGAUGAUGGCGAACCAGAUAUCACUUAUUACAAGUCUAUACUCUCCAAGAUCGAAGUGCCCGCAUUCUCACCCAGGUCAGACGUUAAAAUACAAGCGAACGAUGAUGAGCCUGAUCCAAAUGCCAACGAUGCUGUCGGGGGUGACGCUCUGGAAACUUUAGCAGGAUCCCUUCCAGAGCCAUCUACGCUUGCUGGUUUCAAACUUGUGCCAGUGGAGUUCGAAAAGGAUGAUGAUACCAAUCACCACAUAGAGUUUAUUGCUGCCGCAUCUAAUGACAGAGCGCUCAAUUACUCCAUCGAAACCGCGGACCGUCAGAAAACCAAAUUUAUUGCAGGUCGCAUUAUCCCAGCUAUUGCAACAACUACAGGUUUGGUGACGGGUUUGGUUAAUUUGGAACUAUACAAGGUUGUUGCUGGGAAGACUGACUUAGAAGCGUACUCCAAUGGGUUCAUAAAUUUGGCUCUACCAUUUUUCGGUUUCUCCGACCCCAUUGCUUCUCCGCAGGGCAAGUAUAACGAUAAAUCCUAUGAUAAAAUAUGGGACAGGUUUGACAUCAACGGAAACGUCACCCUGAAAGAAUUAAUUGAUCAUUUUGAUGAAAAGGAGGGCCUCGAAAUCACUAUGUUAUCUUAUGGGGUGUCCCUGCUUUAUGCUUCUUUCUUCCCUCCCAAGAAGCUGAAAGACAGACUGCAUUUGCCCAUUACCGAAGUCGUGAAACUUGUAACGAAGAACGCGGUAGCUUCACAUGUCAAAACUAUGAUUUUGGAAAUAUGCGCUGAUGAUAAAGCUGGUGAGGACGUUGAAGUCCCAUAUAUAACAAUUCACUUGUAG